GCGAUCGACAUUUGAGAGGUUUGUGGCCACGAGGUUUUUCAUCCUCCAAAAUUAAAAUAUUUAAUUUUACCGGGUUUAAAAACGUUCAGAGUUCCAGUGAGAAAUCAGAAAUGCCCUCAAGUAAUCCGUUACCACCGAAAGAAAAUGCCUUAUUCAAAAGAAUAUUGAGAUGUUAUGAACAAAAACAAUACAAAAAUGGGCUAAAGUUUGCUAAGCAGAUUUUAUCCAAUCCAAAGUACACUGAACAUGGAGAGACACUUGCUAUGAAGGGACUGACUUUGAACUGCCUAGGAAGGAAAGAAGAAGCUUAUGAGUAUGUUAGAAGAGGUCUAAGAAAUGAUCUCAAGUCCCAUGUAUGUUGGCAUGUUUAUGGUCUUCUACAAAGGUCUGACAAGAAGUAUGAUGAAGCAAUCAAAUGUUACAGGAAUGCUCUCAAAUGGGAGAAGGACAAUAUUCAAAUAUUAAGAGAUUUGUCUUUGCUCCAAAUUCAAAUGCGUGAUUUGGAGGGUUAUAGGGACACAAGGUAUCAACUGCUCAUGUUACGUCCGACACAGAGGGCUUCCUGGAUUGGUUAUGCCAUGUCUUUCCAUUUGUUAGAGGAGUACAAAAAUGCUUUGAAUAUCCUGGAAACUUUUUUGGAGCAGCAGAAAGUAAGCAACCUUGACUAUGAACACAGUGAACUCCUUCUAUACCAGAAUCUCGUAAUCCAAGAAUCUGGAGAUUUGAAGGAGGCGCUGAGGCAUUUAGAAGACUCCCAAGAACAAAUCGUCGACAAGCUCACCCUCAAAGAAAACCUGGGCGACCUCAACCUCAAGCUGAACCGACACACCAAAGCCGGAGAAUACUACGAACAGCUCGUCCAAAGAAACCCCGAGAAUACCGGCUAUUACGGGAAAUUGAUCGAAGCGAGGCAACUAACCGAACCGAAGGACAUCGUCGAUUUUUAUCUGAGGUACGCGGAAAAGUUUCCCAGAGCGAUGCCGCCUAGGAGGCUGCCCUUGAACUUCGCCACUGGGGAACAGUUCAGGAGUUUGGUGGACAAGUACAUGAGAAAAGCCUUGUCGAAGGGCGUUCCGCCGCUUUUCGUUGAUUUGCGGAGUUUGUAUUCCGAUCGCAGCAAGACCGAAACGAUAGAAGGCUUGCUGUUGCAAUACGUGGAGGCCUUGAAGAAAAUCGGGAAAUAUAGCGAGGGGGAGGCCAAUAACGGCCCAAAGGAGCCCGCCAGUGCUUUAUUGUGGGUGUACUAUUAUCUGGCACAGCAUUAUGAUUACCUGAAUCAGACUGAAAAAGCGAUAAGCUACAUUGACGCGGCGAUAGAGCAUACGCCAACAUUGAUCGAGCUCUUCGUCACAAAAGGGAGGAUAUAUAAGCAUGCCGGCGAUCCCCAAGAGGCUUACAAAUGGCUGGAAGAGUCCCAAGCCCUGGACACCGCCGACAGGUACAUCAACUCCAAGUGCGCCAAGUACAUGCUGCGAGCGGACUACGUGAAAGAGGCCGAAGACACGUGCGGCAAAUUCACCAGAGAGGGCGUGUCAGCGAUGGAGAACCUCAAUGAGAUGCAGUGCAUGUGGUUCCAGACGGAGUGUGCGCUGGCAUACCAGCGGCUCGGGAAGUACGGGGACGCGUUGAAGAAGUGCCACGAGGUCGAUAGGCAUUUCUCCGAAAUAAUAGAAGACCAAUUCGACUUUCACACGUACUGCAUGAGAAAAAUGACUCUCAGGUCGUACGUGGGGCUGCUGCGGUUGGAGGACGUCCUGCGCGGGCAUCCGUUCUACUUCAAGGCGGCGAAGUGCGCCAUCGAAGUGUACCUGCACCUGUUCGACGAGCCGCUUAAGGACGAAAGUGCCGAGCAGGAACUCAACACAGAAAACCUGGCUCCGUCGGAACUGAAGAAACUGCGCAACAAACAGAGGAAAGCGCGACGGAAGGCGGAACAGGAGAGCCUCCAACAGAAGGAGGCGCAAGUGAAGAGGGACCAGCACCACAAGUCGCGGCAGCAAGGCGAUGUGGAGGCCGAUGCGCCGCAGCUGGACGAAUUAGUACCUGACAAAUUGGCAAGGGUUCGUGACCCCUUGGAAGAAGCCAUUAAAUUCCUCCAACCCCUACAAACUUUAGCCAAAGACCGAAUGGAAACCCAUCUGAUGGCAUUCGAAGUAUAUUAUCGAAAAAGGAAAGUCCUCCUCAUGCUGCAAUCCAUCAAGCGCGCCCAACAAAUCGACCCGAAGAACCCGAAACUCCACAGCUGUCUGGUGCGCUUCUUCGAGCACAUCGCCGAGGUGCGCUCCGAUUGGGAGCCGUGCAUAGAGGAGGUCGUCUCCAGAGAGACGGAGUCGUACUUCGCCGGCAAAGGGGCGCAUGCGCUGAACGAGGACUUCCUCGAGCGCAAUUCGCACAGCUUGUGGGCGGUGUUGGAGGGGGCGAAGAUGAUGUACCAUUUGGACAACAAGUGUCAGAGUCGAGCCAUCGAGUUGGUCACUAGUCUGGACAAUAAGUAUCAAGAUGUAAAUAUUGAAAUCUGUACAGAUGUGUUAACUUCCUUAAGAAAUGGCAACUUUGGAAGUUGCGAAGCUCAAUUAGAAGAAUUCAUUAAGAAAUGCAAUUCGUUAUUUCCCUACACGGCAGCGUUCAAGCCGCCAUCGGAGCAAGUAUCGCCUAGUGAAUCCAAUCAUAUUUGUCAAGAACAAGACAGUUAUAACAGCAACUGAUGAUAAAUUAAUACGCCUCAGGUGAGUCGACUGCUGAACGUGUUGCAGGGAAAAGUGGUGUCUUAUCUGUGAGAGUGUGGACAUUAACCAAUGAUGUUUUUUUUAUAAAAUUGAUCAAUAAGUUAUUUUCGGUAUCUGGCAUACCUUAGGACUCGAUU